CUCUCUUCUCACUCUGUCUCUUUUCCCCACUCUUUUACCUCUGUCUCUUUUUGUUGUUGUUAAGAGUCUCACCUCUCACUCUCUCAGACUCUCGGUCUCUCUUACAAGAAGUAGAUCAGAGCCCAAUUGUCUCUUUGAUUUCUCUUCUUGUUCUAAAAGAUGUAGUUUACUUGCUACUUGCAAAUCCUUAUGAAGACAUGACGUUGUCUGUCAUAUAUAGAAUCUAAACUCAAACAAGCUAUGUGGUAAGUACUUACCAAUGGCUUCCACCAGCAUUCAAACUGUCCCAUCCUCUUUUACCUCUGCUUUUUCUAAACCCCAACCGGAAUAUGACGUUUUCCUCAGUUUUAGAGGAGAAGACACCCGUUAUAAGUUUACCGACCAUCUAUAUCAUGCUUUGGAUGGUAAAAAGAUUAUUACCUUCAGGGAUGAUAAAGAACUUGAGAUGGGAAAGCCCAUUUCGCUGGAACUCUUGGAAGCAAUCAAGAAAUCGAGGAUUGCGGUCAUCAUUUUCUCUGAAAAUUAUGCAUCUUCCACAUGGUGCUUGGAAGAACUUACAAAGAUUGAUGAAUGCAGGGAUAGAGGGAUAUUGACAGUGUUGCCCAUUUUCUACCAUGUGGAACCUACUGACGUGCGGCAUCAGAAGAACACUUUUGCGGAGGCCUUUGCAAAACAUGAAAAGCGUUUCGAGGAGAACCCAAAAAAGGUGCAGAAGUGGAGAGCUGCUUUAACAAAUGUGGCCAAUCUCUCCGGAAAGCGUUUAAAGGAUGGGGAGCCUGAGGCAGAAUUUAUCCAAAGCAUUGUUCAAUGGAUAUAUCUGAAAUUGGAAGAGAAAUGUUCAAAUGACAUUGAAGAUGAUCUUGUUGGAAUAAGCUCUCGUGUUGAGGAAAUGAUUUCAUAUUUAGAUCUGGAGUCAACUGAUGUUCACUUUAUUGGAAUAUGCGAGAAGAGUGGUAUGGGCAAGACAACUCUUGCACGAGCUGUUUUUGAUAAGAUUCUUAACCAAUUUGAAGCUUGCAGUUUUCUCGAAAAUGUUAGAGAGGAAUCUAAAGCUCAUGGUUUAAAGACUUUACAAGAACAACUCCUUUGUGAUAUAGGAAAAAGGGGAUUAAGGGUAAAGGAUGAGCAUAAGGGAAUGCAAGUUAUCAGCGAUAUACUGCAUAACAAAAAGGUGCUUAUUGUUGUUGAUGAUGUGAGCGAAAGAAGUCAAUUAGAAAAAUUAGUAGGGAAGUGUGAUUUGUUUGGCAAAGGAAGUAGAAUCAUUGUAACUACCGAAGACAAAGAUUUGUUGGCAAGUUAUGAAAUUAAAAUUGUAUAUAGGGCUAGAGGACUAAAUGAAGUUGAAGCUCUACAACUUUUUUGUCUGAAUGCAUUCCACAAACCUCAUUGUGAGAAUAAUUUCCUGGAAUAUUGCAACAAUUUUGUUGAGUAUGCUCAGAGAAUUCCUUUGGUUCUUAAAGUUUUGGGUUCCUAUUUGUGUACUAGAACAGAAAAGGAAUGGGAAAGUGCUGAGAAUCAGCUAAGAGCAAUACCCCAUGAAAAAACUACUAAGAAACUUAGAAUUGCUUUUGAUGGAUUGGAGGCAGGGGAGAAAAAACUAUUCUUAGAUAUUGCAUGUUUCUUCAAAGGGGAGGAGAAGAAUCGCGUUGCUGAUAUACUAGAAUCAGUUUACUUCCCGAACAUUAAUCUAAAAAAUCUCAUCAACAAAUCUCUAAUUUCUCUUGUAGGGGGGGAAAAAUUGUGGAUGCAUAAUUUAUUACAACAAAUGGGUUGGGAAAUUGUUAGUGAGGAAUCAGAAGAAGCUAGCGAACGUAGUAGAUUGUGGCAUUGUGAUGACAUCCUUGAUGUAUUAAAGAAAAAUACUGGAACAAAACAUAUAGAAGGCAUGUUACUAAGAUUGCCUCCAGAUGAAGAAGUAGAAUUGAAUGCUGAAUCAUUCUCAAAGAUGAAUAAACUAAGAUUGCUCAAAAUUUGUAAGGUGCGCCUUUCUUGCCUCAGUUAUCUUUCUAAUGAGUUACGUUUGUUGGAAUGGCAUGAUUAUCCUUUGGAAUCAUUGCCAAAUAGUUUUCAGCCUGGCGAACUUGUUGUGCUCAUUAUGCAUCGCAGUUGUCUUCAGCAACUUCCAAGUGAAUUUAGUAAGCUGGGAAAGCUAAAGCUCAUUGACUUGAGUGACUCCCAAAACUUAACCCGAACUCCUGACUUCACUGGAUUCUCAAAUAUUGAGAGGCUGAAUUUCCAAGGUUGUAUAGGAUUGCAUGAGUUGCACCCUUCUGUUGGAGGUCUUAAAAGACUUAUCUAUAUAUUACUAAAAAACCUUCCAUAUGAGCUCAAUUUGGAAUCUCUUAAAACUUUAAUUCUAUCUGGCUGUUCAAGAUUUGAGAAAUUUCCCCGUAUUGGGAGAAACAUGAGAAGCUUGUUGGAGCUUUAUUUGGAUGGGACUGCCAUUGAAGAACUACCACCAACAAUCAGGCGUUUAACUGGCCUGACCUUAUUGAAUCUUCAAGACUGCAAAAACCUUAAGAGUUUUCCGAAUGACAUUCAUAGUUUGACAUCUCUUGAAAUUCUCACUCUAUCAGGAUGCAAGUGUCAACCACCAAAAGCAGGGCAUUUGCUUGGGCUCUCUCCUAUUGGAUCCUCAAUUGGUGCCACCCUCACUUUUCUGCGACUAAUUUCAUUUCUUUUUCUAUCUUUCCUAGCAUGGCGAUACACCUAUCUCAGAAUUCCUAUAUUUGCUACAACUGCUUUGUCAACAUAUUGUUUCCACAAUGCCCGGCAUCCUGAACCAGAGCCCAUCAACCUAUUGUUGUCUAAUUUGUUCUCAAAAUUAAGCACUUUGGUAACUCUAAGUCUAAGUGACUGCAAUCUGUUGGCACUCCCUGAUGACCCUAGCUGCUUGUUGUCAAUAGAGUAUUUGAAUUUGAGCAAAAAUAAUUUUAUAUGCUUGCCCGAUUACAUUUCUCAACUUUCAAAGCUCAAAAUUCUUUUCUUGGAUCAUUGUAGCAAGCUUAAAUCAUUGCCAUAUGUUCCAUUAAGUACAAGGUUAGUUUCAGUACAAGGAUGUACUGCGCUAGAAAAUUAUUCAAAUCAAGUUGUUGUAUGGACUUUGGGUGUAGCAGGAUUCACUAUUAUUACUUGCCUUGGCUUGGCCGAGGAUGAAGAUGGCACAAUUGCUGAGGUUUCUUUGCUAGACAUACACCUAUUAUGGCAAAGAUAUGUGAAGGAUCAAAUUCAUCAAAUGGAGGGCUUUUGCCAUGUUUUACCUCAAAUUGAAAUUCCAGAGUGGUUCAAGCAUCAGCGGUUUGGGUCAUUUCGACCAAUCCCACUCCCUUCAAAUAUGUUCAGUAAUAAAAAUUGGAAAGGAAUUGCUCUGUGUGUCAUUUUUGUAGUCCCAGCACAUUCGAACGACGUUUGUCCUGGAGAGGAUACAAAAUAUUUUCAUGAGUUUUAUUGUCGUUUGGAAAAAAAUGGAGAUCCUAUAGCUUUCAAGGUUCCUAAGGCAACAUGUGUUGGUUCAUUUGGAGUUUGGCUAUAUAUAUCGCAUGCGAGGUUUAGAAAACGUUUAGACGAACGGAGUUGCAUUACCCCUUUCAUUGGAACCAACAGCCCGGAUAUUGAGAUUAAUAUGUGUGGUGCACGUAUUCUAUAUAAGCAAGAUAUGGGAGAAUUUCUACAAAACUUAGGCCAAAAAUUUUUUGGGAUUCCUAAUGACCUCCGUGGAGAGCUCAAGUCACACUCACAGCUUUCAAGAUUGUAUCAGAGCUUUUCCUUGGACAAAUCGAGUGGUAAGAAAUGUCACCUUCUUGCUGCAAGGGAACUGUCCAUUGAAUGGGGUUUCAUUCCUGAGUAUUGGAGAUGGAUUUCUCUACCUGAAGAAUCCAGGUUCCCAGAGGUAGCGGAACUUAAUCGUGUGUAUUGGUUUGACAUCUGCGGUAAGGUGAGUAUUUCCAUUCUGUCUCCCAAAACACGCUAUGCCGCUUACCUUGUGUACAAGUUGAGGAGCGGAGCCCAUGGAUUUGAUGGCCCUCCUUUCAAGGCUUCAGUGGGAACUGCUGGAGGUGAAGUUUAUGAACAAACUGUUCUAUUGGGCCUGUUUGUCAUGGAGCCAAACCAGCAAGACCAGAUUAUACCGCCACCGCAGCAGCACACUUCACGUCCCAAGCAAAGAGAAGAUGGAUGGUUAGAGAUUGAGUUGGGUCAAUUUUUCAAUGCGGGAGGAGAAGAUGACGAACUGCAGAUUAAACUUAGGGAGAUAGAAGCUCUUAACGAGAAGACUGGCCUCGUUGUUGAAGGGAUCGAGAUCAGGCCAACAAAGGGGGCAGGACAAGACCAGUAGGGGACUCCACUACAAGCAAAAGCAUUUACGUUGAGGUUAGAUUAUGUUAAUGUCACACCUCCCUUACUGAGCAAGUGGUAUGCUCACCCUUAACAUUUUCAGUGAGCAGGUAUUUUCCUUUUGCAGCUCAAAGUCUCAGCAGUGGAGGAGUUUAUGUAGGAGUCAUGAUGGAAAUGUUAUUGUAUUUUAAGACACUGACUACCUAGAUAGUUAUGAUGUAUGGUAGUGGGAGAUGGAACAAUUUAACGAUGGCUAUGUAAAAAUAAAUUCUGUUGUGCUAUGUAUAUUGAGGUUACCUAAUCAUUAUGUUAUUACAUUUGAUGGUA